GUCCUAGUGUGGAGGCUUAGGCAUAAUUUUUUUAACUCCGGCUCGGUGCUACCAUGCACGGCUGGGCUAUAAAAGGUCAGGAUGUAAAAUUAAAUCCGUUAGUUAUCUCCCCCGAAGAAAAAAAAUUCUGGGCUGGUCGGGUCGGCCUUAAUUACUUAAUAUGGACUCGGUCCGUUCUCCGUGUUAUUGUAACUAGUUCGGCUGAAAGAUGUAGAUGUGAGUAACUCUUGAC